AUGCAAAACAAAUUAUUAUAUCUUUCAUGGCUACCACCAUUUUCCAGAUCCGAGAAAAUAUCAGAUUAUGAGCGGGAAUGCAAGCCUGUGCUGUGGCAAGAGAAGCGGAUUCAGAGUCUCGACGGCACGAAAUUGUCGAUUUGCGAGGGCCACAUUCCAGCCGAUACGCCACCGAAAUCAGCGCAAGUGAACAGUCGGAAAAAGCUCGUGGUCAUUUGUUAUUUCCAGGGAAACGGUGGAUCGAUGCCGCUUCGCCUGCCGCUUCUGUCGCAGUUCCUCAAUUCUAUCGUGACGAGGUCUAAGACUAGCAAGGCCGAACUUGAUGAAACAAACUACAUAGUCGUUGGAUUGUCAUACCGUGGCUAUUGGACAUCUUCAGGGACUGCAACACAGUCAGGUAUUGAGCGAGAUGCCCUGGCAUUUUUAACCUGGGUAUCGGACACCUAUUCCGCACCAAAUACAGAUUGUCAGAUGGUACUGUGGGGCCAUAGUCUUGGCGCAGCCGUUGCGUCGUCUACCAUUUCCAGAUAUCUUGCACGCCUGGAGCUUCGACCCCCACGGAAUUGUCCUCUCGCUCCCAUAUCCGGCCUGGUAAUGGAGGCACCGAUUUCUAACAUCAAGGAUAUGCUCAUUGCCUUGUAUCCUCAGAAAUGGCUCCCAUAUCGAUAUCUUUGGCCCUUUUCAUGGAAUACAUGGUGUAGCUCGAAGGCACUGGAGCAGUUAGCAGAGUUUCGCAACCGAGGCGCCAAUUCACUUCCAGCGAAGUCAUCAAAUUCCACAUAUGGAGGUCCAGUCCGAUCUGUGCCUCCAAUAUUGAUUUUGGCGGCCGAAAAGGAUGAAGUGAUACCCGACCACGUGGCAGGGCAACUCGAGCAGAGAGGCCAAGAGAUCGGAUUGGAUGUUAGCAGACAAGUUGUCUUGGGAGCAAUGCACACAGAGUGUCCCAUCCGAAGUGAAGGAAGAGAUGCGUUGGUUAAAUUUAUUCUCCAACACACGGGCCCACGUGCAGGGAUGUGA